CGAGGAUCUCAGGUUUUGGGUCAUUUCAUCUGAUCCGUGUCGGCAGGGGGUUUUUCCACCUGAACUGCAGUCUGCAGAGCACCGCGCCUGCUGCCAUGGCAACUUGGACAUGGAGGAAGGACGGCACGAUUUUGCGAGACACGCCGGACGGCCAUGUUCAACUGACGACCUUUGCGACCUCUACACAGCUUACUGUCCAACACGACCUGAGCGACCGGGACUCGGGUUUUUACAACUGCAGCGUGACGACCGCGUUUGGCGCUGACAGUUUCCAGGGAAGGGUCAAGGUUUUAGGAAGCCAGGGCAACCUUCCCGUGGUGAGUGCGGAGCAGAGUCAGGUGUGGGCGUGGCCGGGUGAGAAUGUCAACCUGUCCUGUACCAUCGUCACAGACAAGGGGCAGGUACCGUCUGGUUCCUGGUUGAAGGAAGGUUCAGUUGUUCCUGACAUCGCAGACGGACACACAGAGUGGAAGCCCAGCGUGGAGCAGACCGCCGACAAGACCACUCGCAGGCAGGUUCUGCUCAUCCGAGGAGUCAACGCCUCCGACUAUGGGAACUACACGUGUGUGGGCGAGCUGAAGGGACGCAGCGACUCCAAAACUAUCCAGCUGCUCAGGGGGGAACCCAGGGAGGGCCUGCCCCUAGCGGUGUCCCUGGGAAUUGCAGCUGCGGGCGUGGCUGCGCUGGUUACCAUGGUGACAGGGUUUGCUGUCCAUCGGAGGAGACAUGACCCUGACCUUGGCUGGGACAAACCUGACCCUGAGGCGGAGUACAACAUUCCUUACGAGAAUGAGCUUCCGAAGUACGACAUCUUCAUCUCCUACAGCAGUAAGGACCUGGCCUUCGCUAAAGACGUUCUCCUUAAGGAGCUGACUUGCCGAGGGUACGAGGUGUGCGUCGACUUUAAGGACUUCACACCGGGUGUGUUUAUUGUUGACAAUAUCAAAGAAGGCGUGUUCCGCAGCAGGAAGACCAUCAUCGUCCUGUCCAGCAACUUCCGCCGGAGCGGCUUCGGGCGCUUCGAACUGCAGAUGGCCGGCGCCAGGAAGUACCUGGAGAGGAAGGAUGUUCUGGUGGUGGUGAAGAUCGACCAGUGCAAAGUGCCGACCAUGCUGAUUGGCCGAACCUUCCUGGACUGGACCAAUGAAAACGUUCGACCCCACUUCUGGCAGCGCCUGGAAAAUGCCAUCGGACCAGACGAAAAGGUGAGAAACAGGAAGGAUAACAAGGAGACUCCAGAAGAAGAGGAGGAAAAAGAGGAGGAGGAGACCAUCACAGCAGCAGGCGAUCACAAUCACCGUGACAACGCCGUAAACGGACACAUCGCGAACGGAGGUCCGCACGUCCUGGGCCUCCCUGAAACAGACCUGUUAGAGAACGACGAGCGACCGCUCUUACCCGUGGUGUGAUUCUGCCAAAGACUCAUUCUUUCCUAGAACUAUUGCAGAGUGGAACUUGCUGUCACCAAGUACAGUAGGGGCAUUGUCAUUAGAUAACUUUAAAUAAUGUUUAGAGUUGGAUGUUCUAGGGUUACUGUACGUGUAACAAGUUGAUUGGUGUAAUGUAGCCAGCUGCCGCCACGCUGCGUGCCUACGAAGCUGGUGUGUUAUACUGAAGGGCGGUUAUACCGGC